AUGUCCAUGAAAGUGGAGUGUACCAGUUGUUCCGCCAGUGAUUUGGACAAAGCCGUCUACAGCUGGAAUUUAAUGCAUUUCGAUCCAACUACAAGAACAGUUUGGGAUAUUCCCGACUGGGAAAACUGGUUAAAAACAGGUCAGCGUGUUUUAGUUAUCAAUUCGUGGAAAGACGAAGGGUUUAGAAAACAAAAGAAUGUAGAUAUAGAUUGGAAGGAACAAAUAAGUUUUCGUAUAUUCCAAGAAGAUUCUCAAACCAAGGAAAAAACUAUUCUUUACCAAGGCAAUGAAAGAUAUUUAGAAAACAUUUACUUUAACUACGGGCAUGAAGAAGACCAUUGGUUAAUAACUGUAUACGUUGAGGUGCUGGAUGUCUUUGACGAUUUCACUACUUGUUAUUUCAAUCGGCUACAGAUAUUAUCGCCAAUUACGGGCAAGCCUUUGGAUAAUUAUCUUCAAGAUUCGCAAGAAUUAAUCGAAACUGCUAUUGAACAAGAGGACGUGGGUUUAGUUUCCAUGGCAAUAGAAACAACCAUAAGUACAACAAAUCGGGUGGAUCUGCCUCCACCGACCUUAAUUGACACCCUGGUGGAGAAUCCAGAAAGUUGGAGUCACGUGGGUGACAACAAUACAUUUGACAGCCUCUUUCAAGAUUUGACAGUCACUCAAGAAAUCAACUCUACACAAUUGAUGCUUAUAGAGGGGAUGAAAAAUAUGACAUCUCUUCUCGCAACAUCGACCAGUUCUCUUAGAAUAGACAACACGGUCAGACAGCGACAAAUGGCGUUCUCAUCCGGGUCUGCUAUGGAGAACAAACAGCUGAUGACCCGCGACGCUAUGACAUUUUCGCUGAAUGCUACAAACGAUGUUAUUGUUAACUUCAUCAAUACAUCCAAAGAAGCGUUAUUCCCGGUGUAUGAAGACUAUUUAUCAACGUCUGAGGCUGUCCUUCGAUCGCUUGAUAAUCUUUUGAAUAACUUGAUCCCCAAGUUAAGCCCAGACAUACCAGAAUCGGACGACAUAUACCAGAUAGCGGAGGAGUACACGGCCUCAGAUUUUAUUAAUGAGUAUGAUGGAUCCGGGUUGUCUCCACAAGAAAGGGCUCUCUUUGCUUCCAUGUCCCUGGGAGCUUACAAGCAGAAUCUAAACACUUCUCUAGAAAUGGCAAACGGAACAGUUCCCAACGUGCAGAACUCUAUUGUGGAGCUGGGAACGGUACUAAAGGAGAUAGCUUAUAGGAAACAGUUUGAGGUAGAGGUUACUCGACCUGCCUUGACAACCAGUAUGGAGAACCUCCGAGUGGACCAAGAAAUAAAUCGAAAAGAUCUUAAGAUUAAAUUUGACAUCAACAGUACACAGCAAGAGGAUUUACAGUUAUCCUCUGAAACCAAUAGCAUAGAGACAGUUUGUGAGUGUAAAAACCCACCUGGAGAUAACUUUGCCACAUCAUUCUUUGUUCCACCAAAUUCCAUUGAUUUUUCCACGGUUUUUGAUAAAUUUGACAUCCUCGGGAACGGCGCUGUGUUUGGUACAGUAACAGCUAUUAUAGUCCUGUAUCUCAUCGGACUUGUGGUGGCUCGACGCUUUGACAAGAAAGAUCAGGAAAAGUGGAAACUGUUUUACAUGAAUGACAAUCUGAAGACGGACAAGCAAGUGUACCUAGUUACAGUCUACACUGGCCUCUCCAGAAACUCUGGUACCAAGAGCAACGUCAACUUUGUCCUUGGUGGUCACCUUAGAGACACUGGGGUCCGACAUCUGUCUGACGGAGUCAGAAAGGGUUUUGAAACUGGAAGUGUCUAUACGUAUGUCAUGACUGUGCAGAACAGACUUGGUGAUUUAAUUUUCCUGAACAUUUGGCACGAUAACAGCGGACGUGGAGCGGACGCUUCGUGGAAUUUGAUCAAAGUAGUUGUAGAAGAUGCAGCAACGGGAAAGAGAUUUGUCUUUUUCUGCAACCAGUGGCUUAGUUUGGAUUCAGAGGAAAGCUCUAUACAGUGCACAGUUAAUGUGGCGACUCCCGAGUCACUUCGAACAUUCAACUUCAACUUUACAGAGAACACGCGGGAAAAUGCAACGGAUAGUCAUCUUUGGUUGUCCGUGAUAUUUCGUCCAGAAAAAAGCUCCUUCACCCGUUGUGAACGCCUCUCAUGUUGUGCUACACUACUUUUCUUGACCAUGAUUUCCAAUGCUAUGUUCUACGGACAGGAUGAAGCAGUGGAACGACUCCGAAUUGGUCCAAUCAAGUUUGCUUUGUCUUCCAUAUAUAUUUCAUUUGUUGGCAUUGCUAUCACUUUCCCAGUUAUUUUAGCAAUAACGAUGAUAUUCAGAAAGUCAAAAUGGUUGGAAAAUUCCUCUGACCAUGAUGAAAUGAACAUCGAAUCUUUUCAAACACGGAAGGAAAUAAAAGAGUUCCAUUUGCCCAAGAAGUUGAUUUACGUGGCGUACGUGCUGAUUGCAUUUUCUAUCUUGGUGUCGGGAUUUUUUGUAAUUUUGUACAGCAUGGAGUGGGGCAAAACAAAGUCUGAGGAAUGGCUGAAGACGUUUUUCUUGUCAUUUUUGGAGUCCAUGUUUGUCGUAGAUCCAAUAAAGGUACUGGCACUGGCUGUGUUUUUCUCAAUUGCAAUGAAGCGGACAUUAAAUGACAGCAUGUAUGAUGCUACCAAGCUGUUAGAAUAUUCACAAACCAGAGCUGUGGCGUUUGCAAGAGAAACUCAAAUUUCAUAUGGUUAUGCAGCACCUUUUAACGAGGAGACUCUGGACACUAUGAAGCGAAAAAGAUUGAAAGAAAUGCGGGUUAAACGCAUCUUUGUGGAACUCCUGCUUUAUCUCUGCUUUCUGGCAAUUCUGUACUUCAUCAGCUAUAAUAACAGGGAUUUCAACUCGUUCCAAAUAAGACAUUACUUGAACAAUCGGCUUCUGCACAGUCCAGACAAAAAUAGCAGCCUUCACACUAUCCGUUAUGACAAGAUUCGUGAUGUUGACAGUUUCUACGACUGGCUACAGAACACGCUACUUCCGUUUACUUUCCCACAAACGUCGUACAAUGGACAGUCACUGAAUGCAUUUGAACGUCAGUUCACCGAGGACCAGGCUAAUUACAGGCUUGGACCCAUACGAUUGCGUCAACUUCGAGUCAAGAAAGAAAACUGCCAUAUUAACCUGAUCGCUGAUGCCACCUGCUAUGCAGAUUACUACAUCUCGACAGAAGAUGUACGCUCCGAUUGUCAAAGCUGGGGAUUAUCUUCGUGCGACGCCAACAAUACACAUUUGUCCUCAAAAGCAUGGCAGUUCACUAGCGCCACAGAGGUUUGGGGCAUUCCCACCAUCGGACUCACGGGGACAUACGGUGGAGGGGGUUACCUAGCUGAUCUGGGAAUUCAUUUGAUAUAUGCCAACAACAUAGUGGACGAGCUCUUCCGCAACACUUGGAUAGACCGACAAACGAGGGCAGUCUUUGUAGAAUUUACCCAAUACAACAGCAACACCAACCUCUUUACCUAUAUAUCACUAAUGACUGAAUUUCCGCAAACUGGCGGUGUUUUCACGACAGCCCACAUCUAUCCGCUGCGAGUCUAUCACUACAUUGGAAACUUCGGAGUUUUCAUAUUUCUUUGCGAAAUCGUUGUAGCAAUAUGCGCACUAGUCUUCUUCGCCCAUUACUUAGUACAGAUAGCGAAACACAAGAAAGCCUUCUUUAGCGACACUUGGCGUCUCUUUGACUUUGCUAUAAUAGUGCUCACGGUUGUAACGGUGUCCAUGUACAUAACGAGAAUGAUUUUCACCUCGUGGACUGUCACUAAAUUCACGGAACAGAAACUUAAAUUCGUCAACUUUGGACACAUUGCAUUAUGGGAUGAAAUACUCAACGCGUUUAUUUCAUUUCUCGUCUUCUUAACGACUUUGAGAAUUCUUCGAAUUUUGAACUACAGCCACAAUGUAACUCAGUUAGCUGGUGUAUUGUCGAAUGCAAAGAGCAACUUAAUGGGCUGUUUCUUCAUGUUUGGUUUGAUCUUCAUGGCCUAUGCCGGUGUUGGGUACCUCCUGUUCGGUGCUCACCUUGAAACAUACAAAAACAUAUAUGUCUCCAUCACUACAAUCGUGAACUCGCUGAUCGGACGAAACAGUCUUCAUGGACUCAUACAAACAUCUCCUAUAAUAGCGGAAAUCUACUACUUUACUUUUGUUAUGUUUGUCAUAUGGAUUGUGAUGACAAUGCUGAAUGCCACGCUGAACAAAAGCAUUCAGGAGAUCCGGACUAAUGUGAGGAAAACGGAGGAAAAGUAUGGAAUAGAUGACCUACUGCGCAAUUUCCUGGAAGAUUUCUGGAAUAAAAUCAACUUCAAAUUUCAAAGUAGCACGGAUGAUGCCUCUUUUCGUCGCACAACAACAUCCUUGACCUCAGGUGACGUCAAUCUGCUUCUAGAGGACAUUGAUGACAUUUCUUAUAAUGACGGUGAAUAAGUGGGAGAUACGUCUGUCAAAAACACGACUAAGACAAUAUUCUUAAAGAUCAGAUGAACAGAAUUAUCUGGUUGUAUGAAGACUUUCAAACAAUAGGAACAAUCGGAUCUUCUGGGGAUUGUGAUACAGACUAAACAUAUAA